AUGUCGGCUUCAAAACCACGUAAGGUAGAUAAUGAGAACAGGGUGUUUCAUGACGAGUGGACCGAGUUAUAUGCAUUUACUUUACCCGCGAGAAGCACACAGCCUGUGUGUCUUUUAUGCCACCAGCACGUAGCCGUUGUGAAAAGUUCUAACAUUAAACGACACUACGACAAACAUCGGACUAGUUUCGAGAGAGAUUACCCUCUGAAAUCUGCUCUCAGGAGCCAGCAUUUACUCGAGUUAAGAGCCCGGUAUGAUCGAUCCCAAAGGAUCAUGACCAAUGCAUUUACCGGUCAGCAGCGAGCACUUGAAUGUUCCCUCCGUGUUGCCUGGGUUUUGGGCCAAAACAAGAAACCAUUCGCUGACUGUGCGGUUGUCAAGAAGUGUGCCCUGGAAAUAGUUAAAACAUUGACUGACGGCAAACAACAAGAAGAACUGUGUAAAAAAGUGGCAGAAAUCCCCAUGUCAGCAACAACAGCCACGAGGAGAUGUGAGGUUUUAACUGAGGAUGUGCUCCAACAGCUGGAUGAAGCGGUCAGGGGCGUACCUGUAGGUUUAGCUGUGGAUGAGUCGACAGACGUGACUGAUAAUGCACAACUAUUAGUUUAUGUUAGGUUUUUCAACAAAGAGAAGAAAGUGUUCUGUGAGGACCUGUUAGGUGUGGCCCCCCUCAAGACCAGCACAAAAGGUGAAGAUAUAUACAAGGCAAUCAAAGAGAUGCUGACGGAGAGGGGAAUAGACAUGAAACUAGUGGUGUCCAUAACCACAGAUGGAGCCCCAUCCAUGGUAGGACGAGAGAGAGGAGCUGUGGCAAGGAUGAAGGAGGACCACGGUGAACUCAUCUCAUAUCACUGCAUCAUCCACCAGACUGUGCUGUGUGCCCUCCUGAGUGAUGAGUACAAGGAGGUAGGCCUACAUUUCCACUUUUUCAGUAUUUGUAUGUUCCUUCUUGUGUCUGUCUGUCUGUCUGUGUGUGUGUGUGUGUAUGUGUGGGGGGUAAUGUUUGAGUGUGGGUGUGUGUGUCUGUGUCCUGUGUGUGUGUGUUCUGUCUGUCUGUCUGUCUGUGUCCUGUGUGUGUAUGUGUGUGUGAUAAUUCUUGAGCGUGUGUGUGUCUGUUUGUCUGUUUGCCUGUGUCUGUGUCCUGUGUGUGUAUGUGUGUGGGGUAAUAUUUGAGUGUGUGUGUGUGUGUGUGUGUGUGUGUGUGUGUGUGUGUGCAUGUGUGUCUGUCUGUGUAUGUGUGUGUGUUAAUUGUAUUGCUAAUGUAAUUUUAUAAUAAAGACACCAGUAGCCAAUAUUACAUUGUAAGCUACAUUGUUACUGGUCACAAAUAAAUAUGUGUCCAAAUAAAUAUGACUCUCCAUCUCUUCUUUUUCAUCUUGAGGUGAUGGACGUGAUGAUGAAAAUGAUAAACUUUCUGCGGGAAUCCUCAUCCCUCCAGCAUCGUCUCCUCAGAGAAUACCUCCAUGAAGUGGAUGCAGAAGCUGAUGACCUUCUCCUCCACAACAAUGUAAGAUGGCUCAGCAAAGGUAGAGUGCUGGAGCGCUUUUGGGCCAUCCGGGAGGAGAUUGGAGCUUUCUUAUCCCAGCUGAGGAGCAACAAGGCAACUCGUUUUUCUUGCUUCUUAGAAGAUGAUGAGAAAAUGGAUAUUGUAGCUUUUUUAGUUGACAUUACAUCUCACCUGAAUAAACUGAAUCUGAAGCUACAGGGCAAGGACAAUUCCAUCUGUGACCUAAUGAUGGCUGUAAGUGCCUUCCAGAGGAAACUGGAGGUGUUCAGAGAAGACCUGCAAGGAGAGUGUGCUCACUUCCCUUCAGUACAGCAGCAGGUGCAGGGGCAGAGAGAUUUGUCUGCUUUUGUGGACUUUGUUGAUCGGCUGACUGAAAACUUCAGCCAACGAUUUGACAGCUUCACUCUUGGACAGCAGCUCACCCUGUUUAUCCAGGAUCCCUUCCUUAUCACUGAUGUCAGGGGGUUCUCAAAGGAGGUCACACAGCUCUUCAAAUGGGCUGAAGCUGGUCCUCUACAGAUGGAACUGGUUGAUCUUCAGGCAGACGUGGCACUGAAGGAGCAAUUUGGAGGAAGUGAAUCUGCCACCUUCUGGAUGGAGAUGGUCCCUGGAAAAGGCUUCACAGGUCUGAGUAAAAUAGCUCUGUACACUCUGACCAUGUUUGGUUCCACCUACAGCUGCGAAGCAGCUUUUUCGACCAUGAACAUCGUCAAAGACAAAUAUCGCAACAGGCUCACUAAUGAUCAUCUCCACAUGUGUUUGAGGAUGGCCCUGACAUCUUUCGAGCCCAGAUUCAAAAAGUUGGCUGGAAAAGAUGGAGCCCGCUUCUCACGAGCUCCUCUUUCUGAGUGA